ACAUGCCUUACACCUCAUACACCCUUCUUCUUUCUUUCUUGGAGGAGAAAAAAAGAGGAAGGAGACCACCGGUGGUUACUCUACCACCGUCUUCUCUCCGUCCAAUUUCACUCAAAUCCGCCAUCACCAGCGUUGGACGCCCGGUUGAGCCUCGAAUUCCCAUUUUAUCACCGUGGCCUCUCCACUUCGCCUCACAGGAAGAGCUGGAUGACCACCAUACACCGCCGGAGGAACAACAAUCUGAAAACGCUGCAUAUUUGGAGGCGACAAAAUUGGCCGUAGAAUAUUUGAAUGCUCGCUGGGCCGAAUCAGUGGCCGCCGAUUCGGCCCGCCGAGAAAAACUGGCUAAGCAGUCAAAGUCUCGUCGGGAACAAUUGAUGGCUGAAGCUUCGGCUCGCCGUCAAAAAUCGACUGAAGAAUUUCAAUCUCUUCGGGACAAGAUCGCGCAAGAAACUCAGGCUCGCCGGCAAAAAUCCGCCCAAGAAUUUCAGGCUCUGCGGGACAAAAUCGCGCAAGAAACUCAGGCUCGUCGUAAAAAAAUCGCAGAAGACUAUCAGGCUCGUCGCCAAAAAAUCGCUCAGGACUGUCAGGCGCGCAGCGAAAAAAUCGGUCAAAGUCUUCGGCAAGAAUUGGUGGCUGAAGCUCGCGAUGAAAAAUUGGCUCAGGCUCGCCCGGGAAAAAAAUUGGUUCUUGAGUUAAGUUGCCAGGAAACUUCUUCUGAGACGGAUCAAAGACGGCUCCAAAUAAAACUGGAUGGACAUGUUCAUUCCUUUCCCACUGCUAUUUUGUCUCCCUUUUCAUUUACAAUUGAUCUUUGACUAUUAGUUCUCCUAGCAGCCAAGACUUACAGGCCUUCUCUUUAUUUGAUUUUGAUUGCUUGUAAUAAGCCUUGAACUCAUGGGCUUCAUUUGAUAAGGCCUUUUUCACCACUUCUCUUGUGACACGAUUAUGAGAAAUUUUAUACACAGUACAAAAACAUUAUGGGUGUGUUUGGAAAA